UUGCAUUGUAAACUUUGCUUAAAUUAAAAAAAAUAAUAUUUAUGUUGUACCUGCUUAAAUUAUUAUAAUCUUUGAUAAAGAUUAGGGUUGUUUUUUAAUGUUAUUGUUUUUAUUUUAGAACUGAGAAUGUCUAAGCGAUAUAUAUUUCCUCAAGAAUAUGGAGACCGGAAGAGAGCAAAACUUGAUGUCACUGUAUCUGAUCAUAAUUUCCCUGUUAGCCAAGCAGGUCCAACAUCAGACACAUGGGGUGAUGAUAAUGAUGAUGAAAUACUACUUUUGGCAAGUCAAGUGUGUGAGCAAGCUUAUAAUGAUAAAAACACAAGUUUUCUACCAGACUAUAGUUUAUGUAUGAACCCAGUUACUACCAGCACCCAGUAUGAACCAGUUCCAAGCACAUCCAAAGCUCCAGGUGUUUUCAAGAGACCUAAUAAGACCCCUCUGAGUAUGGUAUCCACAAAAUUGAGGGAUAGAUGUGAAAAAAUGUCCCUGCCUCUCUCAGGUAUCACAUCAAAAAUUAACAGCAUGGAGAAUGUCCACCUUUCUGAUGACUUGAUUGUCAAUGAUAAAAUAUUUAAAGGCCAGGAUGGUGAUAACAUGUAUAAACAAUAUCUUAAGUUGCAAGAAGAGAAUACAAAGUUAAAAUCGGAAAAUGGUAAGCUGCUUGAGAAGUGUGUUACAAAAGAAGGUGAGGCUUCAAUACUCCGAACGCAGCUAAAAUCCUGUCAGACUGCAGUUGAUAAUGUUAGGUUAGAGAAAAUAAAAGCUCAGGAAAAUGCUAAGGCAGAGUGGAUGGAUAAAAUUAAGGCAGCCUCUAAUGAGAUUAAUAAUUUAAAAUCACAAUUAGAUUUUAAGAAUAUCGAAAUAAUAAGCAUCAAAGAGAAGUGUAAAAUGUUGGAAUCCCCAAAAAUUAAGCUAAAUCAAGUUACUGUUGGACCUAAUGAUAUAUCAACAAGUCAUAGACAAAACUACAGUGUCAGAGAUAAGGAUGGAAGUAUGACUCAGUUAAAGAGAGUUAAAACCGCCUCAAGUGGUGUACAGACAGAAAAUAAAGCAUACUUUGUAAACUACAAUAUUCCAUACAGAGAAGUAACAUCAAAUCUAAAGAAAAUAUUACCUUUGAUUUUGGAGGCAACAGCCCAUGAGCACUCUGUGUUAGAGUACAAUAAAAAGCUACAAACACUGGGCGCGUCUUUGAACAAAUUUAGAAUAUUUAGUACAUUCCAUCGUUUGCCGUCCACUCCCAGCCCCAGUAGAAGUAAAAGUGGUGUAAAAAUGUCUAGUGUUUAUGAAGAGAUCAGUUGUAUUGUAGCAGGAGAUAACUGUGAUGCAAGAUAUUUAAAUAUGCUGAACAUCGUGGAGUCGGUAUUGAACGAAGUGCACGGCGAACUGAGCACGAUAUCGCAUCGGUUGACGACAUCGUUUCUGAAGGAAAUGGACGAAAGGUACAUCGAGUGUACGACGGCUCUUACUUAUAGUAGCGGUGAAUGCCUUUUGCGCGGACGGUCUCUAUACAAAGACGAGCAGGCAAUACUAGCGCGACGAACAGUUGCUGUUUUAUCAGUGUUGCUAGAUAACUGUGAAAGCAAGUGUAGUGCUGAGUCGUACGAGAAACGAUUCAAUGAGCUCAUUGGUAAUAUACGACGGAUAUGUACGGCUUUGGAGACUACGAAUUGUUCCGUCUUAUACAGCGGAUUUCUUCUCUCCAUCACGAGGUUAUUAACCAGCAUACACCGACACACAGAAAUAGCCGCACACAUAAUAGACAUAGCUAAGGUGAUGAUAUCGUCUCGACCGAUGCCCGUCGUUGCCGACGCUACACUGCAAUUGUUGAGUGUGGUUGAUGAAUGUGCGCUCUGUACCGGUACCGUCGGCAACCUCAGAGUGGAUUAUGAUCAGGGUGUUUUAUUGUAUAAAAAAGACUCGUGCCAUUUACAAGUGUUGCUGAAACAGGUGGAGGUUUAUAUAAAGUGUGUAGAGAGUGCAUAUUUAUACUCAGAGACAAUACAUACUUCCAAGUGUUUAUUGUUGCUGUAUAAUAGUUGUGGAGGUGACAGUAGUGGGAGUGAAGUGAGAUGUGAAUGUCGGUGCGUGUUGAUGCAGGUCAUCGUAUACGCGUUGCUGGUCUGUGCCAGGUUUCUCGACACAAUUUCAGGUGACAAAGAUGAGUUAAUAAGUGUGUGCCGCAGUGGUGUACGGAUCUUGUAUGAGAGUGUCCUGAGGGACGUGGAGUUCGGUUCCCAGCUGGGAUUCAACGAGGGGCACCUCAUCGAGCUCUGUGAAAUUAUCAAGCGGUACGAACACCAAGAGAUUUAUUUGCUAAUGCUGUCGGAGAUAUCCAGUAUAUUCCAGCUGUGUGCUGAAGAGACCAGCGCCUCCUACUCGCAAAAGACCUUCGUUGAGAGCUUUAAUACUUUCAGUAUAACUGACUGAACUCAUUGUGACUUAGUACAAAUUGUAAAUAUAAAUUAUUUUCUAA